AUGUCCACCUCUGCCAAGUGGUUUAGAAGGGCGACCUUUGGGGUACAGAGCCACAGGUUUGAUGUCUCUGUUGUUCAUCCCAACCAGAAGAAAUCCAGCACCUUGACAGAGGCCUCAUACUCCAGGCAUCAUUCUGUGGAAGUGUUCCACAUAGGACCUGGGACCUAUAACUCCAAGGAGACCUGCUUUAGCAAGAAGUUCCUGGAACAGACUACUCGACUGACCCAGCUCCCCCACUUCCAGUACAAGGCCAUCCUGAAGGAAAGACAGCAGCAGAUGCAUAAGCUGGGGCCUGGCUCUUACAACUUCAAAGGCUUCUUAACCCAGCUGCAGCAGAAACCACAGAGCAAGCGGGGGCUUCAUAUGUCUGGAGAGAGUAGGUAUGGUGGGAGAUUAGGAAACUGCUAUCCAGGACCUGGAAAUUAUGGAGAGAAGGGCAACCCAUUCACUCGCCUGGAGGAGAAUGCCUGGAACCGCUCUCAUUCUGAGGGCCUCAUGUGCAGGAUGUCAAACAAACCACCUCCCAUGAAACACCAGGGGAGUGGCCUGGCACCUAGCACCUACACUAUGAAAAGCAGCAUUGAGACCUAUAUGGGAAAAUCCACCAGUACCCGUGGCCCCUAUGACAUCUUCUCUGGUGACCGACCCUUUGGACAUUACACUAUACAGAAAAGGAAGACCAGGGAACUGGCAAAUUUCAAGAGCUUCGUGGAAGAACUUAACUCACAUCACAAGAAGAAUCAUGGGUUUUUUUCAAAAUUGCCCCAAGAACCAAAACACCCCACAGAGAGAAUUUACUGGACUACCCUUAGUCAGUACCCCCGAAAUCUGGCUACAGCUGGCCCCAGUGAGUGGCUUCCUCAUGAGACAGAACUGAAACAUGUCAAGCAGCCACCAUUCCUCCUGAUCUCCAAGCAGUCAGGCAUUAAAGCUAACCAGAUGAUUUUGGGAAGCUGGAACCCAGUAGGGGUGGGCCGCUACCUCAACACCACACUGAUGGAGACCAAGGACCCACAGCAACGAUACUGGUUGGUGUUCUUGAGUGUACCCAAGCGCUACCUUGCAGACCCAGCUUGCAACAACCUCUCUUGCAAAAGAAUCACGCCAUUUACGAAGGCCAAGUGCCCUCCAACUGUGGAUUACAAUUCAGAUCCUAGUCCUUAA